ACAAAAUCCAAACCAUACAAAAGAGAGAGAUAUUUUACAUUCCAUUUCUAUCAAACACAAAAAAAAAUUGCGAAUAGUAUUAAAAAACGAAUGAAAUUUCUGCCCCACCUUUGUUUUAUUCUUAACAAACUGUUUAAUUAGUUAAAGUGUUAAAAUGAAGUUUUUUUCGUUAUAUUGUAAAAAAAAGUGCCGACACCGAUAAGAAAAAAUUUCCAUAAAAUGGUCCACGCAAUUGCAUACGGAAAAAAUCAUUUAAUAUUGUAGAGACAUGAAAAGUACUACUACUCGUACGAGUGCUUCCCGUUUUUAAAUAAUAAGAAGAAAAAAAAAUUGUUUUAUUUACAAAAAUAGUGAAAUUGUGGUUGACUACGGUCAUAUCUGUACAUGUUACUGAAAUCAAUACAUUUAUCAAAUGUGAUAAUGAUCGAAAUUUGCAUCCUGAAAUUGUAAUGUUUAACAUUCAAUUUUAACAAAGAACAUGAACGAUCCCGUAGUGUAUUUUUUCAGUGAUGUUCUUUAGAUGUUUCAUUUAAACACAAAAAAAACCGAAUCCGUUGUCGAAUACAAUAUUGUUGAAUCCAAAUGUUAUUGAUAAACAAGUGGCGGUGUAAGAUUAAGUAACACACAAAACACUACUAUGAUGAAGAACUGGUUUAGAGCUCUCAUUAUUCAAUUAAUAUUGCAAUGUCUCUAUGAGAGUGUUUAUAGUAUAUCUACUACAUACACCACGUACUUGGAAGGGCAUUUUGAAACAACAACUGGAAGUUAUUCAACUAUCAAUGAUCAAUUUGUUCCGAGUAAACCUACAAAUCUAACUGUGCUUGAAGUAACAUCAACCACAAUCAAAAUACAAUGGCACGAGCCGGAUAAUGCUAAUGAUGGUCUAGCUGGAUACGUGGUUCACUACCAGAACCAAAAUCAAACACUUAACCAGACGAGUCGCACCAGUGAUGUAAAGACUGGACCCACAGUUCAAUUUCUUUUGCCGAAUUUAAAACCAUAUACGGAGUAUAAAAUUUAUGUGAAAGCGUUUACACAAUUCUAUGAAGGAGAAGCAUCCGAUUCAAUUGUUCAGAUAACUGAUAUUAGUGGUCCGAGUCCGCCGAUAGUCGUAGCUUUAAAGUGUCACUCUCACGACACGUUGUCCUUGCGCUGGAAACGACCUUCGGACUACUAUCGUAGUAUCGAUUUCUAUACGAUUGCUUACAAACGGGACGAACAACAUGCAUUCAGAGACAUUAUAAUCAAUGCAUCUGCCGAUCAUUUGGAAUUAGCGUUGCAUAUUCCGAAUUUAACAACCAAUUUUAUCUAUGAGGUAAAAGUGUGCGCCUCGUCGAUCAGUGCAAUUCAUCCGAAUCAUAUUAUAAAUGGAUCAUUUUCUGAACCGAAGAGGAUUUACCUAGAACAAAAUUGCGAGAAUAUUCAACCACUUUUGCGGCAAUCGAAAGACGAUUACAGUCCAACAAUGUUAGUGGUUAUCAUUUUAAGUUGUUUGGGCGUCAUUCUGUGCAUAUUAGCUAUCGUACUAUGGAGAAAAUGCUUCCAAGCGGCCUAUUACUAUCUGGACGAUGCACCCGGUCAAGCCCAAACAUCAUUGUUAAUCGAUUGGGAAGCGCCCGUUGAUCUGGGCGGAGAAGUACGGGCUGCCGUUCCCGUAUCGGAAUUUGCCAAGCACGUUGCCCAAUUGCAUGCGGAUGGUGACAUUGGCUACAGCAAAGAAUAUGAAGCUCUGCAGAACGAAUCGAUUGUCGAAGAACAUCCAUCCGAACAGUCACAGCAUCCCGACAAUAAGACCAAAAAUCGUUAUUUAAAUAUUAUUGCAUAUGACCAUACUCGUGUUUUGCUGCGAACGAUACCGGGUCAGAAGAAAACAGUUGAUUACAUCAACGCCAAUUUUAUCGAUGGUUACAAAAAGUCACGAGCUUUUAUCGCAACACAGGGACCGUUGCCGGGAACAUUUGACAGUUUUUGGUCGAUGAUUUGGGAGCAACGUGUUGCUAUCAUUGUCAUGAUAACAAAUUUAGUCGAACGUGGUAGACGUAAAUGUGAUAUGUAUUGGCCAAAGGUUGGAACGGAAACGUACGGUGUAAUCCAAGUGCGAUUUAUUCAGGAAGAAGUUAUGGCCACGUAUACAGUGCGAACGUUUCAAAUAAAACAUUUAAAAAUUAAGAAAAAGAAGCACGUUGCCGAGAAGCUAGUGUAUCAAUACCACUACACAAAUUGGCCGGACCAUGGUACGCCCGAUCAUCCGUUGCCGGUGUUGAAUUUCGUUAAAAAAUCAGCCGACGCAAAUCCACGCGACGCUGGCCCAAUCAUUGUCCACUGUUCGGCUGGUGUGGGCCGAACGGGCACUUACAUCGUACUAGAUGCUAUGCUCAAGCAAAUCGAACACAAGAACGUGGUGAAUGUGUUCGGAUUUCUACGUCACAUUCGAGCCCAACGAAAUUUCCUUGUGCAGACCGAAGAACAGUACAUUUUCAUUCACGAUGCGUUGCUGGAAGCCAUUGUGAGUGGGGAAACGAGUGUGAAGGCCGAUGUCAUUAUGGAUAUGAAGGAUGACAAGGAAACAUUAGCCCAGCAAUUUAAGUUAAUAACCCAAUUUAAGGCAAAGGAUGUUCAAAUGGCGUCCGCUAUAAAAACAGUAAAUUUAGUCAAAAACAGGAGCCUUUUGGUACCGCUAGAGGGUAGUCGAGUUCAUCUAACUCCCAAGCCAGGAGAAGAGGGUAGCGAUUACAUAAACGCGAGUUGGUUUCAAGGUUUCCGGCGCCUAAGAGAUUUCAUCGUGACGCAGCAUCCAAUGGAAUCAACAAUCAAAGAUUUCUGGCAAAUGAUAUGGGAUCACAAUGCACAGACCAUCGUACUGUUAUCGCCAAUUGAUGAUCCAAAUCUACCUCAAUUUUGGCCCGAUGAUUCGAAGAAAAUCGACAGCGAUCACUAUCGCAUCAAUUUUGUUUCAAAAAUUAACAAAUGCGAUUACAUUAGCCGAGACUUUACGAUGCAAUCGAUCCAGGACGAUUAUGAACUAAGCGUACGAAUGUUUCACUGUCCCAGAUGGCCGGAACUCGGUCAUCCAGCGAGUAUAUUCGAUUUUAUCGUUGACGUUCAUCAGCGCGGAACCGAGUAUAAAAAUGGACCGAUCGUGGUUAUUGAUCCACUGGGCGGUACUCAGGCCUGUACAUUCUGUGUCAUCGCUUCACAAGCCAUGCAAAUGGAAUACGACAAUACCACCAAUGUGUACACAUACGCUAAAUUGUAUCACAAUAAGCGUCCGGGCGUUUGGAAUUCCGUCGAUGAUCUGAAGCAAAUCUACAAUUUACUAUCGUAUUUACCAUCCGAUUUAAGUCUGUUAAAGUUUACCGAAAUUCGAACCGAAUUCGAUGAUGUGACAACAGCCGCACCAGAUCUAUAUAGUAAAGUAACCAGUAAUGGUAAUAUUAGCUCUAGUUUAAUUAAUACAACAAAUGGCACAGCCAUAACUAAUGGAAACAGUGAGAAUGAUGAAUUUUCUGUUGUUUGCACCGAGUCCGAUAAUAUUGAGGUAUAAAUUGUUUGAAUGGAACGGCAAAAGAGAAAAAAUAAAUUGUAGAAAAAGCACAACGCAAGACAAAAAGAGAGAAUGCGCGCAGAGCUAAUUAAGUCCGAUAAAGUGUUGAAUGCAAAACAAAUAACUAAAACGUUAAAAAGAAAUUAUCGAAAAAUGUUUGUGUUCUUUAAAUUUUACGGAAGAUUUUUCUGAUUAUUUUUUUCUUUUCCUAGCCGAAAAAGAACAACCAAAGUGAGAAAUAAACUAACAAAAAAAAAAAAUUAUAAAUAAAAACGAAAAAAAAUAUUUAACAAAAAAGAAGAAGAAAGAAAAAAAAACUUUUUUUUAAAGACUGGUUUUUUACAAUUUUUUACAAACCGAAUUAAAAAUUAACACUAAAAAUAGUAAAAAUUAUCGUGAACUCAAAACAUUAAUGGAAUAUUUUAAAAUAUAAAACGAAAACAAGACGCAAGCAACAAAGAUAAACAAAAGAAAAAUCAUUUGCCAUCAGCAUUUCAUCUAAUGCUGAAGAGUGAACCGAGAUUUUUUGUUUUCAAAUGUAAAGAACACAACAGGUUUAUUGUUUACACCACGGGCCACCAUUUCCAACACACGACAAACCAAUUUCUUCGCAAAAUGACAUCACUCAUAAACGUAAUGUCGUCAUUUUACAGAUUAAUUGAUUGUGUGCGAAAAAAAAAGAACAACUUCAAAACACUGAAACCAUAUAACUAUACAAAUGCUGAAACAGGACAGGUCCAUUCAGCGAAUUAUAAGAAAAAUUAAUAUUUCAUAGAUUCAACUUCUAUAUUAGCAAUCAAGUUUAGAAAAAUUGUAAUUUCAUUUUUCCUAUAAUUCGCUAAUUGGACAUGUCCCCUUUCCUCAUCUAGAUAUCCAUAUAUGGUAGAGAGUAAUCACUAAAAAAUAGUUCCACCUUGUUCUUGAGACUACUGGUUAUUGGUAUGCAACGAGAUAACUGAGAUAAUAAUGCUUUUGUUCAAAUCUGAUCAACUCUUUUCAACAGAACUUUUGUUUUCACAAAGACCACGUUUACCACCAAGUUUCACCAAUUUUAGACGCUUCAAUGUGGAUUCAUUUUGUGAAUAUCUCGUGCCUGUCAUUGCUGCUGUGUAUAGAAGAGGUUGUUGAGUUGAAAAUAUACGGCCCAAAGUUCAAUAAAAACAAAAUGCAACAGAACACAAAACCUGCAGACAAUUGCUUGAAAUUGCAAUUAGGCAGACCCGUACGAUCGUCCUUACAUUAGCGAAAGUAAAAUGAUCAUCAUUAGCACAAUGAACUGUUUGUAUAUCGACAACUUUGUUGGUACUCCAGUGGCUUUGUUGAUUCUGAAUAUAGCGUGUAAAGCGAUAACGGCCGUCAAUAAUUUAACAUCGCUUCAAGAUUCAAAUGAAAUGUUAGUUUCUUCUUCAGAAAUGAUAGCCUUUGCAGCCAAUUAAAUCCCAUCAGAGCUGAAAUUCCAUACACUGACUUUCCAUUAAACGUAAGGCGCGGAGCGGGUCAAAUUCAAGCUAUGCAAAAUUAACUCAAUCGACGUACAUAGACGGGAAUAGUUAAAAUUUGUUGCGAUUUGAAAUAAACCGCAUUAGUUUUCCGUUGGACAUAUCUAUGCUGCGUCAAUGUAUAAAAGUAAUCUUUAAAACGGUAAUUUGAACCUGAAGUUCAACUGUUCAGAGUUUUAGGUUCGAGUAGGUUCACUAUUGCCGAAACGGUCCAACGGUAAGCUAAUACGGUUGACUACAGAUCACGACUAUUGCCUACGUGAUUGAGUUAAUUUUGCAUGAACUGUUCCGAGACUUGAUGUAAAACUUUAACUAAUUUAAAGAAUUUGAAAAAAAACACCAUUUCUGAGCUGCGCUUAUUAUUCGAAAAUUACAUGCUCGACGAUGUGUUUACCGAAUUUCGAAAGCAAAUUUCAAUUUCGAAAAAAAUCAACUUUCCGAAAAACUUUCAAAUGAUUUUAGCCCUGUCCAAAGUCCAACCGGGUAGCCAAUUUUUCGGUUUGUCUUUCGAAUAUAUUUUUUUUUAAUAAUUUAAUUUGCGAAGCGCAUGUUUUCGUGAAAUUUUUACCAUAAAUUCAUCUUACCCAUCGACAGUACAACAGAUUUAUAUUUGCCAAAUUUGGUUAUCAACAAAUGUGCGCAAAACAAAUUCUAUUUAUUUUAACGUAGAAACACUCGCAUGCAGUGAAUAUUUCGUACGGGUCUCUUUUAAACUAUAAAAACUUUCCAGAUUUAAAUUGUCAAUAAAAUUUAAAAAUGCAAAAAAAAAACGAAAUGAGUGAAGUAAAUAUACCGUUGAAAAUGAUUGAAACAAAAAAGAAAAACAGUUGAUGUGCUUUUCCUAGUGUUAAGAAUUACAUUGCUAGUGUUAAGUAAAUUUAAACAAGAAACAAAAAGAUAAAAAAAAAUCCAAUUGCAAUAUUUAUAAAACCACACUCAUAAAACCUUCGUUGAAAGGAAAUGGAAAACAUUUUAUUUAUCCGGUGAAAAUCCAAUUUAUUACAUAGAAAGCUCCGUAGUAUCAGACUUUUCAGAUUGUCUAAAAAAUAGGAAAAAAUAAAAUAAAAAUCAAAUUUAUUUGACUAAUUUAAAAAA